AACUUAAUUCUCAACACAUACCUCACUGAUCACUUCCAAUUUACUUCACAGUUUUCAAGAUUUGUAACUUCCAAGAGUUUCAAUAACAUAAGAAUGGCAUCAAAUUCACUCAGUGCUUGGACCCCAAGAGAAAACAAGAAAUUCGAGCAGGCACUUGCUGUGUAUGAUAAGGAUACACCUGAUCGCUGGCAAAACAUUGCUAGAUACGUUGGUGGAAAAUCAGUUGAAGAAGUUAAACAUCACUAUGCUAUCCUUGUGGAGGAUCUCAAACACAUUGAGUCUGGCGACGUCCCAUUCCCAAAAUACAAGUCAGAUGGAAAGUCUCGUUAAUCAAUAGAUCAAGUUAAGGUGUACGAGGUAUUGUACCAGUCAAAGUCAAAGGCAUCAACCUCUGUGGAAAGAAAUAUUAUUCUCUCAAGAUGAUUUAUACACUAUUAUUUUCUUCUUCUAGUGGGAUGUGUUAGUUUUACCAUUGUAACUCUGAUUAACAUCCUUUCGAAUUAACGAGCUUAUUAUAUUUUAUGAACAUUAAUAAGUAAAGAUGUUAUUGUACCUCAUGAAAUUCCAAACGUCUCAUCACAAGACAAUGAUCACACAAGUUUCAUA